AUGUCAUUUGGCAUCAGCCACAAAUCAGGAGGCGCACCUGCUUCCCCUAAAGCUGUAUGUAAUUGUUUUUCUCUGCCUUUCAUAUCCUGUGGGUCUGCAGUACUGAAAGCCGCAUUAGUCAUCCAAAACUGGUACCGACGGUACAGAGCUCGACUGAGAGCCAGACAACAUUAUGCCCUCGCCAUCUUCCAGUCUAUUGAAUAUGCUGAUGAGCAAGGCCAAAUGCAGCUAUCCAAUUUCUUUUCUUUCAUGUUGGAAAACUAUGCAAAGACACCUAAUGAAGAUUCAGUAUUAGUAAGUCGACUUUUUGAAAACACCAUGCAAGACAAUAAAGACAGACAGGAAUAUGUGGCAUUGGUAGAUGUGCCUGACUCCUACAAUGGUCCUCGGCUGCAGUUCCCUCUCACGUUUACGGACAUUGAUGUACUUCUUAAAGCCUUCAAGCAGCAGCAGAUACUUCAUGCUCAUUAUGUCUUAGAGGUGCUAUUUGAAGCUAGGAAAGUCCUGAAGCAAAUGCCGAACUUCAAUCAUGUAAAAACCUUUCCCACCAAAGAGGUAACAAUCUGUGGUGAUUUGCACGGAAAACUGGAUGAUCUUUUGUUGAUCUUCUAUAAGAAUGGCUUGCCUUCAGAGAACAAUCCAUAUGUUUUUAACGGUGACUUUGUAGACCGAGGAAACAAUUCCACGGAGAUCCUAAUGAUUCUGCUUGUUUGUUUCCUUGUCUACCCCACUGACCUCCACCUGAAUAGAGGGAACCAUGAAGACUUUAUGAUGAAUCUGAGGUAUGGCUUCACAAAAGAAAUUUUACAUAAAUACAAGCUACAUGGAAGAAAAAUCUUGCAGAUCUUGGAAGAAGUCUAUACCUGGCUCCCAAUUGGUUCAAUUAUUGACAAUGAAAUCCUGGUCAUCCAUGGUGGGAUAUCAGAAUCCACAGACAUGAAUACACUCUACCAACUACAAAGAAAUAAAAUGAAAUCUGUGUUGAUGCCACCCAUGUCAGUAAAUCAGGAAGACACUGUUGACUUAAAGAGAAAUAAAUCAGGUUCAACCACUGUUAUAACAGGGAAGGCAGAAUCCUACAGGUCUUCUUCUGAACAGUUAACAAAGCAUGAAUGGGAACAAAUUAUUGACCUUCUUUGGAGUGACCCUAGAGGCAGAAAAGGCUGUUAUCCAAACACAAACCGAGGAGGGGGCUGCUAUUUUGGACCGGAUGUUACUUCCAAGAUUCUUAGUAAAAACCAGUUGAAGAUGCUCAUUAGGUCUCAUGAGUGCAAACCUGAUGGCUAUGAAAUCUGUCAUGAUGGAAAGGUCAUUACUGUAUUUUCUGCUUCUAAUUAUUAUGAAGAAGGCAGCAACCGAGGAGCAUACAUCAGAGUGAGUUAUGGUACAGCUCCACAGUUUUUCCAGUACCAAGUAACUAGUACCUCAUGCCUGAACCCUCUUCACCAAAGGGUGAGUGCUAUGGAAUCCAGUGCCUUAAAGAUACUAAAAGAAAAAAUGCUUUCACGAAAAACUGAUCUCAUCAGUGCUUUCCAGCUCCGUGACCAGAGUAGGUCAGGAAGGAUUUCAUUGGCCCAGUGGGCUUUUUCUAUGGAGAGCGUUUUGGGCCUGAACUUACCAUGGAGAUCUUUGAGUUCACACCUGGUAAGCAUAGACUCUAAUGGAAAUGUCGACUACAUGUCCAGCUUCCAGGAUCUCCACAUUGAAAAGCCUGUGAAAGACAUGAAAUCUGAUGUAAUUGAAACUCUGUAUAGAUACCGGUCUGACUUGAAAAUCAUAUUUAAUAUCAUCGACACUGAUCACUCAGGCCUCAUCUCCAUGGAUGAAUUUCGGACCAUGUGGAAACUUUUCAAUACUCAUUACAAUGUUCAAAUUGAUGAUUCCCAAAUUGAUGAGCUUGCCUACAAAGUGGACUUCAACAAAGAUGGAAACAUAGACUUUAAUGAGUUUUUAAAGGCUUUCUAUGUAGUACAUAAAUAUGAGGUGUCAGACAGCUAUUCUGCUUAAGAUGAACAAAAAGUUCCCUCAGCCUCCUUGAAAGCAGCAGACCCCAACAACUUCCAGUCUUAACCGAGGCCCUUGAAAUUCGUAGUAGUAGAGAAAAGUAGACCCUAAUUCACACAAGUAGAAGCAUAGUUUGAGUGUUUGCCAUCCUUAGCAAACUGUUAUUGAUAAGGUUAUGUUAAAUUUCAGUUGAUAAGAUUUACUUCCAGUGUUAAGAUCCAACCAUUGCCAGUGAUGAGCUUGGAUUGAGCCUAGUGCUGGCCUUAGAUGACACCUAACCAGGAGACCAGAAAAAAUUGGAAGCAUACCGAAAGAAACCCACAGAACAGGAGUGGAAACUAUGAGCUAUAACAUUUGUAAGG